AUGGUCUACGCCGAGCUGAUGGAUUUCAAGAACCCGUCGUUUGACAUCUGGUUGGAGGGCAGUGGAUACGUACUGAAGACCACCGAUAAACCACGCUCUACAUUUUUCCACCGGACCAAGAUGGCAGCUAGUGUCGUCGAUCGAGGCCAAGAUCCUUACUACAUCGAUCCAUCCAUCGUCGGCAAAGAGUCAGCUCUAGAGAUCCUACAACUUCGUUACCGACGUGGCCAAUUUAAUAUCCACCACGACGCGCUAAUAAGCAGGGUUCUCAACCAAGAUGCGUGGAAGCAGGACAUCGUACCAAAACGCUGGCUCUCCAAAAUCAGCAUCUACAUGCCAGAGGACAUUUACCAGGUUGAAGAGCGUAGAAUUCUACUCCGUCAGCGCUUCGACCUACUACAGCAACUCACCAAUACCCGAGCACGUAUCCAAGUGAUCUUCCCUAGCAAAGAGAUGUACUGGCAUUCCCAAAUUGGUCCUUCGCGUAAAGGAUAUGAGUGUCUACUUCCCACCGACCCAACUAUACGCCAAGCCAUGUUAGCUACUACCGAACGACUAUCAGUCUCGAAUGUUGGGACCGAGAUCGAUGCCGCUGUUCAUAACGAGAACGUUCAUAUCAUCAUGGAGGCCAUAUUCCCGUGCCUGACGGCCUUGAAGGCUCGAGGCCACCAGAUUCACUUGGACGAUAGGAUUAGCGGGUGGACAUGGACGGCGGGGGAGGGAAGCGCCACGUUCACCGAUACGUGGACUAAUCGCCGGCAGUUCCGUAAGGAUGUCAGUCUACAUGUUAUUGCGGAGAGACUGAGAGCCGAGAAGGAACGAUUUGACUCUACGCUGCAAGAGCUGAACUCGUGGAAAGAAAAGCAGCUUUCGACUCUCGAGGGCAUCGAGAAACGACUUGAUCCAAGAUCCCAAAGCGAAAGCGGUCCACCGUCCCUCGCAGACCCAGCCAGCAAGGACACAGCUACGUUGAAGCUCGGCUUGGCAGAGCGUCGUAUCAAUGCAGAGCUUCGGAAGCGUUCCGGGGUUGAACCGAAGGAACUGUACAUCCACCAGACGCUCGCGGAGGUCCUCAGAGAAUACGCCAAGCUCGUACAUCCCAGUCUCCUCGACAGAAUGUUCGGAUUGCUACCAACAGGGGAACUACCACGAGAGGUUAGGGACAUGGUCUACGACCAUCUACUCCCUAGAGAGAGCACUUACACCAUUAAGUCAGCAAGUGACAACACUGGCUUCUCCAUCCACAAAGGAGCAUCGGACGGUAUUAUACCUACUCCACCAAUCAGCUGUCCAUACCCCAUGAUAUCAACCACCCACCCACUAGCCGAUGAGAUCCUCGAAAGAUUCCAUUGGAGAACGACGUUCAUCAUUCAGAAGUAUAUGUGCGUACAGCCGUUGUCUAUCCACCAUAUUCUCGCAAAUCUUCCGUGGUGGUCGAACAUCGAUGCAGGUGCACUCCCCAAAAACAUCGCCGGCCGUAUCACCUUCGUCAUGCGUUUUGACAAUAGUUGGAGGAUUGAGUCAGAUAUGGAGGAGACUAUUGGAGAUUUGAGAAAGAUCUUGAACUCAGCCAGUCUCGGCGUAACUGUCUCUCUAUCGAUCUUUCCUGCUGAUAGUAAGCGCGGCGCCGAGUUCCUCGAUCUAGUAAAACCACUCUUGCUUGAGUGGCAAGAGAAGGGCCACGAGAUUCGCAUGAUCGACUUGGCUUGUUGGACAAAGAUGCACAGUAGUCUGGCUCGGAUGGGUCUGGGUUCCACACGCGACUGCCGUGGGACUCGUGGUGUGACGUGGGGAGAGACUGCAGGUGUGGGGUCUUGGCAGGCGGAAGAUGCCGAGGUUGUGGAUGAAAUUUUCGCAGCCAUGUCUCGCCCAAACAUCAACGCGCCAAUACCCUCAUACGAAGAGGCCGUCGUCGCGCCUCCGCCCGCCACAAUACCACAACCUCCUUCCGAACCCGCCGUUGCCGAACAACCUGCUGUCGACCCAGAGCCAACACCCACCAUCGUACCAGCAUCGCCUCCGCCCGAGCUACCGCCCGCAUACGCAACCGUCGACGAAAAGGCCACGACCUUCACCAUCUACGGCACCUUCAUCCACACACCCAACGCGCCCGCCUACCAACUCUCCUCCCUCCUCGAUGCGCGAAUCAACAAGCUGCGGAUACGGAGGCUGAAAGCCGAAGAGAUCACGUUCCUCCAAUCCGGCGCACCGACCGUCGCCUUCGACAGCAGCAGCGUGCUAUACGAAGCCCACGACCCGCCCUUCCUCAUCAACGAAUACUACAUCCAAGGCAAAGCAGGGAGCACACUACCCGGCGCUUUGCAAUUGCGCUUCGGCCUGCGCCGAUGGCAUGUAGUGCAUAUGCCCACGCAGGGCAGUCGACCGAAUGAGAUUAUGACGUGUGGGAAGCCAGGAGGAUUCACAAAGGCACUGAAGCAGAGGAAGAACGAGCUGGAACCUAGCCAGUGGAAAGACAGCGAAGGACAUAUCGUUGCGACGGAGGUGUUGAAGAUGGGGCCUGGAGGCAAGAUGCCGACGAUAGAGCUGAGGCAUGAUCUAGACCAGACAUGUCGGGAGUUGAUAUUGGCGCUUUGGGUGGCUCGGCUGUGGGCGGCUUUUGGAGCGGGAAGCGGAUAUGCUCAUUGA